AUGCCUCGUCAAGAUAAUAAAACUCUUCUUCAGCCGAUUGAUAUCAUCUUCCGUUUCCUUCAAGGCAUAUCCUUUUUCAAAAUGGCAACUCACAAAACAGGCGUUCAGAUCUGGCUGUAUGAUCAACCGCAUGUGCGCAUCGAGGGAGUGAUCAACGGUUUUGACGAGUACAUGAACAUAGUUCUGGAUAACGCUUCGGAAGUGAAUAUCAAGAUGAAGACUCGAAAGAAUUUGGGAAAGAUUCUGUUGAAGGGUGAUAAUGUGACUCUGAUCCAAGAAAUCAUCUAA